AUGACACGCGUUAACCUGGAUGGACUGCAAUCCUUCUGCGCGCUCAACAAUGCACGCCAGAUCCCCCUCCUCGGCCUGGGCGUCUACAAGAUAGAACCUGGCAAAGCAACUGAGGAUGCUGUCCUCUGGGCUCUUCAGGCUGGUUAUCGUCAUAUCGACACGGCAGCGGGUUAUCGAAAUGAAGUGAGUGUCGGAAAUGCUAUCCGCAAGAGUGGUAUUCCCAGGGACCAGAUCUUUGUUACAACGAAACUCUUUGAUCAGGAUCAGGGAUAUGACUCUGCAUUGGAGGCGUGUGAACUCUCGUUGGAGAAACUCGGGCUGGAUUAUGUUGGUGUAUCGAACUAUGGCGUGCAGCAUCUGAAGGAGCUGCUUGGCUCUAAUCCGACCAUCCGACCAGUUGUCAAUCAAAUUGAGGUCCACCCAUGGUUGACGCGUCAGGAAAUUGUGUCGUUCUGCGAGUCCCAGCACAUCGCGGUGCAGGCCUACAGUCCGCUCAGUCGCGGACACAAACUUCAAGAUCCCAUGCUGAUCAAGAUUGGCGAAAAGUACUCCAAAUUGCCAGCCCAGAUUCUGAUCCGUUGGAGUCUCCAGAAGGGCUACAUUGUCAUACCCAAGAGCUCUCACAAGGACCGGAUCGAACAAAAUGCCGAUGUGUUCGACUUUGACCUCGCGGACGGCGACAUGAGUGUCUUGGACUCUUUUAAUUCGGACUAUGUCUCUGGUUAG